GCCCUCGGGGGGCGUGCAGCACCCGACGAGCAGCUCCUCCUCCCAACCUCGGGCACCGAGGCUGGAAGGCUCACGACCUGGGCCGCCGCCGCCGGUCCCUCCGAGCGGUCUUGACCCUGAAACCGAAGAGUCGGCUUCUCUGAUUGGCUUAGAGCACAAACGCAGGCGAGCGGUGCCUGAGACCCGCUCUUUGAUUGGACUUGAAACGAACAGCAGAGCACGAAAUAAAGAGGCCUUCCGUCAUUGGGCCACUGUGUAAAUCUCCUUUUAGCUUCUCCGCUGACUGAAUAAGCGUCUCAGGAUCUUCGUCAUGAGUCUUAAAUCUGGGCCUGUCAGUUCGCCCCAGCGUUACUCCUCUUUAGGCGAGGCAUGGAGUUUACAGAGUUCAACCAAUCACAUAACGCCGAGAUCAGGUUGCCAGGCAGGUUAUGCUAAUGAGGCCCCGCCUUUUAUGCAGCUCCCACUCUGCGGCGGGAAGAACCACCUGGAGGUGGCGGGGGGGGUUUGAUUUCCAUCACCCCUAGGGAGAGAGGAUCGGGGACCCGCUGAUCUUCCAGCUCCCCUCACCCAACAUCGUGCACGUUGCAGAGAGACCUUUUUGUCCUUGAUGAACACUCACGUGGUAGGCAGAUGACUGUCCUUCACCCCGAGCUGCUCUAGGUGCCCAGGACGCUGUCCAGCAAAGAAAGGAUGGAUUCCAAAGAUGAAAGCUCACACGUGUGGCCUCCGGCUGCAGAGCAUGAGGAGAAUGCCGCACAGGUGCAUUUUGUUCCAGACGCUGGAACUGUGGCCCAGAUUGUCUACACCGAUGACCAGGUCCGUCCACCACAGCAGGUGGUGUACACGGCAGAUGGUGCCUCUUACGCGUCAGUGGAUGGUCCGGAGCACACGCUGGUCUACAUCCAUCCCGUGGAAGCUGCGCAGACGCUGUUUACAGACCCAGGCCAGGUAGCUUAUGUCCAACAGGAUGCUACAGCUCAGCAGAUGCUGAAAAAGUUUACAUUCCCACCAACAGUGUAUGAGAUUGCCCAUUUCCACACGCCCUUGCCACGUUGGGCCUCGUUGCCGGUGCACAGCCAGGUGCUACCUUCGCUUGAGGGUGUGGGUGGCACGGACCCUUUGGCGACCCUGCAGAGCCCCAUGGCCAGACUGGAGGCCAAGGAUGAGGAGGACUCAGAAGACUCGGAGGAGGAGGAGGAGGACGGCGGAGACACAGACCUGGACGACUGGGAGCCUGACCCCCCUCGGCCCUUCGACCCGCACGACCUGUGGUGUGAGGAGUGUAAUAACGCGCACUCGUCCGUGUGCCCGAAGCACGGCCCCCUGCAUCCGAUCCCCAACCGGCCGGUGCUGACCCGGGCGCGGGCCAGCCUCCCCCUGGUGCUGUACAUCGACAGGUUCCUGGGCGGUGUGUUCUCCAAAAGGCGUAUCCCCAAGCGCACCCAGUUCGGCCCCGUGGAGGGGCCGCUGGUCAGGGAGUCGGAGCUGAAGGACUGUUACAUCCACCUCAAGGUUUCUCUUGAUAAAGGUGACAGAAAAGACAGGGAUUUGCACGAAGACCUGUGGUUUGAGUUGUCUGACGAGACCCUUUGUAACUGGAUGAUGUUCGUGCGCCCGGCCCAGAAUCACCUGGAGCAGAACCUGGUGGCUUACCAGUAUGGCCACCACGUGUACUACACAACAAUCAAGAAUGUGGAGCCCAAGCAAGAGCUUAAGGUGUGGUAUGCUGCUUCCUAUGCCGAGUUUGUGAACCGGAAGAUUCAUGACAUUUCCGAGGAAGAAAGGAAAGUUCUUCGAGAGCAAGAGAAGAAUUGGCCCUGCUACGAAUGUAACCGCCGAUUUAUAAGCUCAGAGCAGCUGCAGCAGCAUCUCAAUUCGCAUGAUGAGAAACUGGAUGUGUUUAGCAGAACAAGAGGCAGAGGAAGGGGGCGAGGCAAGAGGCGGUUUGGCCCAGGUCGGCGGCCGGGACGCCCUCCCAAAUUUAUCCGCUUGGAAAUAACCAGUGAAAAUGGGGAAAAGUGUGAUGAUGGGACACAGGACUUGCUGCAUUUUCCCACCAAGGAGCAGUUCGAUGAGGCUGAACCUGCAACUCUGAAUGGGCUGGACCAACCAGAGCAGCCCGCGCUCGCAGUCCCUCAGCUGCCACCGGAAGCCCAGUCUUCUCUGGAGCACGAGACGGAAACGCACGAGCUGCACCUGCAGCCCCAGCACGAGGAGAGCGUGCUGCCCGCCCAGAGCACCCUGACGGCCGACGACAUGCGCAGGGCCAAACGCAUCCGGAAUGCAGCUCUUCAGCAUCUGUUUAUUCGGAAGUCCUUCCGGCCUUUUAAAUGUUUGCAGUGUGGGAAGGCCUUCCGUGAAAAGGACAAACUGGACCAACACUUGCGCUUCCAUGGGCGGGAGGGGAGCUGCCCACUGACCUGUGACCUCUGUAACAAGGGCUUCAUCAGCAGUGCGUCCUUGGAGAGCCACAUGAAGCUCCACUCGGACCAGAAGACUUACUCUUGCAUUUUUUGCCCAGAAUCCUUUGACCGCCUUGAUUUGUUGAAAGAUCACGUGGCCAUUCAUAUCAGUGAUGGCUACUUCACCUGCCCAACUUGUAAGAAACGGUUCCCAGAUUUUAUCCAGGUGAAAAAACACGUGCGAAGCUUCCACUCGGAAAAGAUCUACCAGUGUACGGAGUGCGACAAGGCCUUCUGCCGCCCCGACAAGCUGCGGCUGCAUAUGCUCCGGCACUCAGACCGUAAGGACUUCCUGUGUUCUACGUGUGGGAAGCAGUUUAAGCGAAAAGACAAACUACGGGAACACAUGCAGAGGAUGCACAACCCUGAGAGGGAGGCCAAGAAAGCUGACCGCAUCAGCCGCUCCAAGACGUUCAAGCCGCGCAUCACGUCCACUGACUACGACAGCUUCACGUUCAAGUGCCGCCUGUGCAUGAUGGGCUUCCGGAGACGAGGCAUGCUGGUAAAUCACUUAUCAAAGAGGCACCCAGACAUGAAGAUAGAAGAGGUGCCAGAGUUAACUCUACCCAUCAUAAAGCCCAACCGUGACUACUUUUGUCAGUAUUGUGAUAAGGUUUAUAAAAGUGCCAGUAAGCGAAAAGCCCAUAUUCUGAAGAACCAUCCUGGGGCUGAGCUCCCACCAAGCAUUCGGAAACUUCGUCCCGCCGGCCCUGGAGAACCAGACCCCAUGCUGAGCACCCACACCCAGCUCACGGGCACUAUAGCUACCCCGCCCGUGUGCUGCCCUCACUGCUCCAAACAGUACAGCAGCAAGACCAAGAUGGUACAGCACAUUCGAAAGAAGCAUCCGGAGUACGCCCAGCUACCCAACACCAUACACACGCCUCUGACAACAGCCGUGAUCAGUGCGGCUCCAGCUGUUUUAACUACAGACAGUGCUACCGGAGAGACGGUGGUGACAACAGACUUGCUAACCCAGGCUAUGACGGAACUGUCCCAGACCUUAACGACGGAUUACCGAACGCCGCAAGGGGACUACCAGAGAAUCCAGUACAUUCCCGUGUCGCAGUCUACAUCUGGGCUACAGCAGCCUCAGCACAUACAGCUUCAAGUGGUGCAGGUGGCCCCGGCCACUUCCCCUCACCAGUCCCAGCAGUCCACGGUGGACGUCGCCCAGCUCCACGACCCUCAGACCUACACACAGCAUGCCAUCCAGGUGCAACACAUCCAGGUCACGGAGCCCCCCGCCCCGGCCGCGCCCGCCUCCCAGGUGGCAGGGCAGCCGCUGAGCCCCUCCCCGCAGCAGUCUCAGCAGGGGCUCAGCCCCUCCCAGGUUGCAGGCAGCUCCUCGCAGGGCCAGGCCCUCCAGCAGCAGCCCCAGAGCACCACGGUCCAGCACACGUACCUCCCCAAUGCCUGGAAUUCCUUCCGCGGCUACUCAUCGGAGAUUCAGAUGAUGACGCUCCCCCCGGGUCAGUUUGUGAUUACAGACAGUGGCGUGGCAACUCCGGUCACCACUGGCCAAGUGAAGGCGGUGACUCCAGGUCAUUAUGUGCUAUCAGAAAGUCAAUCAGAAUUGGAGGAAAAGCAAGCUUCUGCUCUCACUGGUGGAGUCCAGGUUCAGCCAACUGCACAUGGUGACUUGGACCCCCAGACCACCAGCCAACAGCCCACCCAGUACAUCAUUACAACCACCACCAACGGGAAUGGGAGCAGCGAAGUGCACAUCACUAAACCUUAACUUCCAUCCUUGAGCCAGAAUCAAACAGUCACAUCAUGUCUUUUCUUAUUCAUAUGUCUGGAACAUCUGGAAGCUUCUGACACUUAGAACUCUUUUUUAAGAUUUAUCACUCAAGAGUUUGGAAAUCACA